AUUGAUGGCACAUAAAUUCUCUUGAUCGAUAAAAUAGUGAAUAUUUCAAUGACUUGGAAAUAUUUGUUUGAACUACAGCUUGAUUUCUUGAUUGACUUUCUCACUGAUUUCUUCAUGAAUAGUUGAACUUUGUCUCACUGGCUUUUUGAACUAUGAAAGCUGUCACCCUCUUUCGUUCUAAUAUUUCAACAAGAUUGCAAUGUGGACCAGUAGCACAGAAGGAAGAAGAAUUCGGGCACACUUUUUGCCAGUAACAUCCCAUUUGGCUGACUUGACUUCAGCUUUUGCAUCAUUGAGUUCCUUGAGAAAGUUGGAGGUUUGUAAAUUUUCAACCCGCAAAGCUGUAAACUACACAGUUUUUUUGCAACAAUUCAUCUUCUGUUCCCACAUCCCAUCUGACCAGAUUUGAGAUGGCAGAGAUAGUCCUGGCUCCACUUUUGCAGGUUAUUUUUGAUAAAAUAGCUGAUCCUGUUCUUCAGGAAUUCUCUGAUUACUUUGAGCUCGAUGAUCAGUUCAAGAAGCUUAAAAGGAUAUUGCCGAUGGCCCAAGCUGUUAUCCAGGACGCUGAAGAGCGGCAAGCUACCGAUAAAGCUGUCAGGGUCUGGCUUUCAGAGCUGAAAGAUGCAACCUGCAGAGUUGAGGAUUUAAUUGAGGAAUUUACUUAUAGACAAAAGGGUGGGGGAUCCAAAUCGUAUGCUGUGAAUUUCAAUAAGAAUAGAAGGGUUCUUAAUGAUCUGCAGGAGGCCCUGGUGGAAGGACUCAAGUUACCGCUAGCAGAAAGAAACGUUGCGGGCAGAAAGAAACGAGCUCGUUCGUUGUUGUGUCUGAGGUCUGUGGAAGGGAAGAGGAGAGCAGGAAGAUUCUUGAAAUGUUGUUAGAGUCAUCUGGAGAGAGAUCGUGU